AAAUACCACCUUUUUCCUUAGCCUCUCCAGCCAAUGCCACUCCAUAUUCUCAUUACUGCUAGCUAGCUCUCUUCAUAUUCCUCCUAAUGCGACCCAUACACUAUUAUUGAGCUUUUUUUGUUUUCUUCUACGUGGCCUUUUCCUCUUCCUCUUCUUCUUCUUCUGGAGGUUUAAGAUAAAUUAAAGCUAAGGUUUUGUAAUACGGAGGUUUCGUAGAAUGUUGUUUAAGGAGAGGGAGAAAGGCGGUGGCGGGGAAAGGAAGAUGUUUGUCGGGGUGGUUUGGAACUGUGCGGCGGAGCUUAAGAUUCUUCUUACGGCUCUGCUAUUCCUCUUUUCAAUCAUUACGAUUCUUCAGUUUAUUCCGGCUCGGUUUAGUUUUUCCUCAGCCGCCGAUCUGAGAUCUUGCUUGUCAAAUCCGCCGCCGGGGUUGUCUUUCUCCGCGGCCGUUCAGUCUAAUUUGACGGUUUUGAAUGCCACCGUGGUGCCGCGGCGGGCGGCGGCGGUGGAGAGAGAUGAGGUUCUUGGGAACGGGGUUGUGAAACGGGGGUUUAGCGGGGUCGGCUCGGCGGCUUAUAACUUUGUUUUGAUGUCGGCUUACCGGGGCGGCUACAAUACUUUCGCCGUGAUGGGUUUAGCUUCGAAGCCGCUCCACGUGUUCGGAAAGCCGAGUUACGAGUGCGAGUGGGUCCCGGCGGAUAAGUCGCAAGAUUCGCUCUCCGUGCCCGGCCAGAAGAUCCUCCCCGACUGGGGGUACGGCCGGAUAUACACGGCGGUGGUGGUGAACUGCACUUUUCCGUUCCCCGUCGGCGACUCCGACAGCGGCGGCAAGCUCCUGAUCCACGCCACCACCAACGGCGGCGGCGACACCAACCUCAACACCACCGACACCUUCGAGGCCGUCGUGGAAACGCCGCCGGAUUUCUCCAAUUUCACUAAAUCUUUCCAAUCUCCGCCCAAAUACGAUUACCUCUACUGCGGCUCGUCUCUGUACGGGAAUCUGAAUCCUCAGAGAGUCCGGGAAUGGCUGGCGUACCACGUCAGAAUGCUGGGCGAGAAGUCGCAUUUCGUGAUCCACGACGCCGGCGGCGUCCACCCGGCGGUGAUGGAGGUUCUGAAGCCGUGGAUGGAGAAAGGCUACGUCACGCUACAGGACAUUAGGGAUCAAGAAAGAUUCGACGGAUACUAUCACAAUCAAUUCCUCAUCGUCAAUGAUUGCUUGCAUAGGUACAAAUUCCAGGCGAAAUGGAUGUUCUUCUUUGAUGUAGACGAGUUCAUCUUCGUCCCCAAGAAAAGCACUCUCAAAUCCGUCCUCGGUUCCCUCUCCGGCUUCACUCAAUUCACAAUCGAGCAAAUGCCCAUGUCCAAUAAGCUCUGUCUCCGUGAAGAUUUCGGAAAAACUUUUAGGAAAUGGGGGUUUGAGAAGCUGGUGUACAAGGAUGUUAAGAGGGGAAUUCGACGAGAUCGGAAGUACGCGGUGCAACCUCGGAAUGUUUUUGCGACAGGGGUGCACAUGUCGCAGAACACGGUGGGGAAGACGACGCAUAAAACGGAGGGGCAAAUAAUGUAUUUCCAUUACCACGGGACAAUUGCGGAGCGGCGGGAGCCUUGCCGGCAACUGGUCAACACGACAAGCCUCACCGUUGACGGAAUCCCGUAUGUUCUGGACACCACAAUGCGGGAUGCUGCCGGCGCCGUUAAAAGAUUCGAACUCAAAACCAUUGGGCCUAGGCUGCAGAAAACACGGCAAUAACCUUAUUACCCCCAAAAUAAUCAAAUCUUUAUUUCCACUUCCCACAUGCCACCUUUUCCCCUUUUUGUUUUUUGUUUUUCUUUUUUUUUUUUUUCAAAAAAAAAAAGAAAAAAAAAAGAAUUCUCUCAAAAAAAAAAAGAAAAAAAAAAGAAUUCUCUCUCUGGGUAUAGCCAUAAGCCAUUUGUUUAUUUCUGUGUAUGAUAAAUUUUCAGAGUUGGGAAUAGAGUAGAAACGGAUACAUACCGCUGUUUUGAUUCAUCCAUAAAUUAUAGGAUAUUAUAUUCUUUGUUUAUGUUUUUCCAAAAAUAAUCUUCUUUUAAUAC